UUCCCAGCACUUGUUGAGCGCAGGUCACCCAGCGACAAGUUGGAGAUCAAGUGGGACUGUACCCUUUUUAAAUGCACUCGACGGUAAUGUUCUUGCACCUUUAUUUGUCCCCCGAUGCAUUUUGGAUGCUUGGAAGACUGGUUGAUUGGCAACAAAAAACCAGAGCCUGGCCUGUCCUAAGGGAGGAAUAUCCAAUAAGGAUCGCUUGCACUUGAAUGGCUCAGGUCUAGCGCGGGGCGUUCGACAUGUCCAACGACAGCUGCGGGCUCCCCUUGGACACGGACGUACUGGGCCUGACUUGCAUCUACGGUCUGGUCUUCUCUGCGGGCCUGCCCUGUAACCUGCUGUCCCUCUGGGGUUUGUACCACCUGGGCCGCUCGGGUAGCGGCAGCUGCCAGCUCGUCUACAUCCUCAAUCUGCUUCUGUCCGACCUCCUGCAGCUGCUCACCAUGCCCCUGUGGAUCCUGUACCUCCAGGGUGCUCACCGCUGGCCCUACGGUCAGCUCACCUGCGAGCUGGUGGGCUACGUGUUCUACGUCAACAUCUACGCCAGUGUCAUGUUCCUGUGCCUGAUAGCGCUGGACCGCUGCCUGGCCAUCGUGUUCCCGCUGAGCAGCCGCAGGGUGAGGACGGUCCGGGUGGCCGCCGUGUCGGGAUUGGCGGUGUGGACGCUCACGUUUCUCUUCUGCCUUUUGGGACUCUUGCCUUCUCUUUUCGACUCGGAGCGACUACUGUGUCUGGAGCGGUACCCAGUCAGCCCCAGAUACGCCCAUUUCAAGAUCACCACUGUGGCUCUGGGCUUCCUGUUGCCGUGCACCAUCCUCGGCUACACGUCAGCCCACAUCUGGGUCACACUGCGACACUCUCCGUCGCUGUCGGCCCACGAGCGUCACAAGAUCGUGGGCGUCCUGGUGGUCAUCACGGUCAACUUUAUCGCCGUGUUCGGACCCUACCACCUGGUGGGCGGCUACAGAUUCGUGUCCUUGCUGCAGGCCGACGAGCCGUGCGCGCGGGAGCGCUCCAUCUUCCUGCUCUAUCGCCUAUGCUACGGGCUGACCAGCCUCAACACGACGCUCGAUCCCCUCUUCUACAUCUUCCUGUGCGCCGACGCACGGCUGGAGCUGCGAAGGUCGCUGCCCUGUUUGGGGCGAGGCCGAAACACUGGCGAAGAGACAACUGUGAGCGCCAGAGCUCAGCCGGAUGCCCAGAGACACAAGGAAAGUGGACAUAAUCAUCUUUUGAUAGCCUAAAUCAUGGGGUUCGCAAACAUUUUGAGUCCAGGGAGAACAUGUAUGUCCACCCAUAGGAAUUAAAAAGGUGCCUACUUGAGAACAUUGGGGGGGGUUUUAAAGUCAUAUUUGUAGAGGAAAAAAACUGAUUUUGUCACACUAAAAUUUCACAAUAUUGCGAAAACAAAGUCCGAUUUUUCCAAGAUAGUCCUAAUAUGGUAUUAAAGUCAAAGUUUAACAUGAGAAGAAAGUCAUAUUUUAACAAGUGAAUUUCAAGAACACAAUUUUACUCUUGUACUAGGAUGUGUUUUAUUCUCUAUUUUCUCCAUUUCUAUUUGUUUUAUUCUCAGCGGUUCCAAACCCUGAACAGUUUUGUCAUUCCAUGAGUAUCCCCGAUUCUCCAAGAGUAGAACUGAACGCAACUGAUUAUUGAAUGAAAAUCAUCUUAUCUCCUUGAUUUGAACAUUUAAUUCUCAGGCAUUGUCUUCUUUUUAGACAAAAAAUUUAAAAAAUUUGCCUUGAAAAUAAGUAAUAUCAAUAAAAGCAAAAUACUAAACCUGCCUUUGUUAUAUGUAACUCUUACAGCAUUUCCCGAGUGUUACGUGGACCGUCUCCUGAAUCCAGAGCAACUGGACGGAUUUGAAACAAUUCCUUAGUUGGAUCAGGCAAGCUGUUUUUCAACUGUCCCAGAAGGCAACGCCUUACUUAGAUCACUAGAGAGACAACUUCGUUCAUCCCGUGAGGGAAAUUACAUUUACUAGCUUCAUAAAGUUUUAUAGCCGAAGUCAGCAGCAGCCCAAAAGAGUUUUCUUUGUAAAUGUUAUCCAACAUGAAUAAGUCCUCCAGUGAAGACGACGAGCCAGUCACCGUCCAUUCCUUCGCUUUUAAACAAGCCGCUUUUGGGAAGGCAACACGGCCGUGGCUACGUUGUCACCAUUUGGCCAC